AUGUUCGUGGAGCGCCGCCUUCCUCUUGCUCAUCAUCUUGGGGAGCCCGUGGAGACUCCUCUGAACCAGUCGCGCGAGUACUGGUCGUUUGAACAGCGCUCCGCAAUGGCUGCAUCGUCGCACAACCCGUAUCCACGAUCCCCCAAUCCUUCCACAAGGUCGUACGACUCUUCUUCGGUUUCAUCUGCGACCUCACCUAAGCAGCCAUCUCAGUACCUUCCCAGAGGCUUGAUGAAUACAGGACCGAGGACAACGGCGGCGCCGCCGCCACAACCCAUUGGCAUCCCGCCCUUGCCACCCGUCAACCAGAGCGCCUUUACUCCGUAUACGCCAGUGACUGCGGGCUCGAUCAUGGGACGCGAUUCACUUCCCUCGGCGGAGUCGGUGGCGAGCACACCAGGUCCUUCUACAGCUUCGCUGCCGCCCAUUUCCCAGGCGCAGAAAAGAGCUUACAGGCAGAGGAGGAAAGACCCCAGUUGUGACGCAUGCAGGGAGAGAAAGGUUAAGUGUGAUGCCACAGAGACGACGAGCUGUUCGGAAUGCUCCAGCCGCAACGUCAAAUGCCAGUUCACGAAAGAAACGAACCGUAGAAUGUCAUCGAUCAAGCAGGUACAAGACCUCGAGAAGCAGCUGGAACGCUUGAGACGAGAAAACGGCAGCAUGAGGCGGAUGCUUCAGGAGAGAGAUGGUGCGAUGGAUGUUGAUCCGGAUGGUCUUGAACAGCUCCCCCUACAACUCCCCGAGAUUGGCACCGAACCGAAGCGGAGGAAGCGACCUGCCCCGAUGCAUGACCUGGCGAGAGCGAGGUCCAACAUGCGCAUCUUUUCUCGUGGAAUCUGGAAGCCUCCGGCGCAGUAUCGUCAAGCACCGACGACACCUUUGUUUGAUCCGCAGAGGCCUGAAUUGCCCCCGAGGCAGACGACUGACCAGCUGCUGCACGCCUACUAUGGCUCAGCCCAUACCAUGUUUCCCAUCCUGCACUGGCCAACCUUUCAAACUGGAGUCGAUGAUCUCUACAGGAUGGGAAACACGAAAUCGGUACAACCGGCGUGGCUCUCCACGUUUUUCUCCGCGUUGGCAUUAGGAAGUCUCUUCAGCUCGGAUCCCCAUUCACACCGGGCCUAUCGAGCCGCGGAGCUCCUCGAAGUCGCCCGGGGCAUGAUCGACCCCUGGAAUAACGACUACGUUCUGGACAAUGUACGGGCCUUGGUGCUUGUUAUUUUGUGCUUGAACGAAAUGAACCAAAAGUCUGCCGCCUGGACGUGGCUAGGCACCGCAGUGCGAGCCGGUCAAGAUCUCGGCCUCUACUCAGAAUCCGGACCUUGGCCAGUCAUCGAGGGCGAGAUGCGCCGACGAGUUUGGUGGACGAUAUACAUCCUGGACCGUAGCUUAGCGCUCGAUCUUGGCCGCCCUGUCCUGAUUGACGAUUCGGACUGCGAUGUUUCGCUUCCUGCCGGCGUCGACGAUCACUACAUCCACGAAGGCGGUAUUAUGGUGCCACCGGGCCGAGAACCCCUCAACCACUCGCUCCUAGCUCUGAUCAACGUUAUCAGAUCUUACUCGUCCCUGAUCAAGACACUAGCGGCCCCAGCUGUGGCCCCGACCAGACUCGCAACGUUCGAUCAGCACUUUGUGUCGUGCCUUCGAGCCUUCCCACCCGUUUGCGACACUUCAAGCACAGGGCAGAUCUCUCCUCACCUCCUGACACCCUUCACCUACCUGCUCCACGCUCGUCUCGUGUUGCACCGCCACAACCUCGCUCCAACCUGCCCUCCCGACGUUCGCCUCGCUGCUAUGGAGCAGUGCACUCACACAGCUCUUGAAACAGCUUCCCUCCUCUCGCGCGCUACCCCAAACCUUGCGGAUGGUGCAACAGCACUUCUCACCACGCACACGUUCCGAUGUGCCCUCUUCCUCUUGCUUGCGGGGUACUGGGAUCACGCAACGACAUGCCUGCGUGCUCUCGCCUCCAUCGACGCAAGGCGCGACGUCGCGAUUCCCUGUGGAAGAUUCCUCGCCUUCUUCGUCUCAGCACUCGGCACCAAGCGCAGCGAGUAUGCCUCCUUCGUUGCUCGCACGACGCCGCCGAAGCCCUUCGCCCCGCCCCCUCCGCCUCAGGGCCGACCUGGGCCUACCCCUCUGCAAGAGGCCCUUCUCCACGACGAAGAGCUGCUGGCGUAUGUCAGCGCUGACUUGCAGGCCGCACCGGACGCUGCUUGGAUCUGGGCCGGCGGGGAGCGCGAAGCCAUUCUUUCUCCCACGUCGCCGGGUUCCAUCACUGCCUCCGGCGGUGCCAGCAGUGGGCUGUUCAGUGCGGAGCAACGUACCGGCCUGAGCGACGAAGAAAUGAAGGAAUGGGGUGGGUGGGAACGUCUUGAGGCAGCCAUCCGCGGGCUGGCCUCCGGCAAUACGACGCCCACCCCAACUUCCGCAACUUGGUCUUCGGCGUUGCCUGCGGGAAUCAAGUCGGAGGGCACGCCUGCCCCAGCACUGCCGAGCAUCAUACCCGCCAGCGAGGGAAGCAGCAGCAACAGCCCGACGGCGAGCGCAAAGGGUCGGCCGCAGGACAGGCUGAGCAUCGCGAACAUCAUCUAG